CCGCUCUUCAUCGCCCAACGCUCAACUAACUCACCAGCGUCGUCCUCGCCAACCACCGACAAAAUGGUCAAAGUCAGCCCCAUCGUUUCGUCUUCUCGACGCAAGAGCCGUGCCGCUCACUUCAAGGCUCCCUCUGACCAGCGCCGUGUCAUCAUGAGCGCUCCCCUCUCCAAGGAGCUCCGUGAGAAGUACAACGUCCGCUCUAUCCCCAUCCGAAAGGACGACGAGGUCACUAUUGUCCGUGGCUCCAACAAGGGCCGUGAGGGCAAGAUCACCUCCGUGUACCGUCUCAAGUACGUUGUCCACGUCGAGCGUGUCACCCGCGACAAGGCCAACGGCCAGUCCGUCCCCCUGGGCAUCCACCCCUCCAACGUCGUCAUCACCAAGCUCAAGCUUGACAAGGACCGUGAGGACAUCCUGGCCCGCUCCAAGGUUGGCCGUGAGCUCGCUGCCAACAACAAGGUCACCGCUUAAGCGAUGAACUUUGUCGAGCAAUAACAGAAACCAAACCACCAAAACCUUCAAGACGACACGAUCAAACCUCUCCUCCAUGGCGAGGACGAAUCUUUUUUCUUUUUUCACCACUCACAUGAUCACGACAUCAAUGUGAGCAACUCAAAGGGCAAAAGUUGAUGAGGAAAUGGGCAUUUUACUCCGGCGUUUUUACGAUACCUACGUGCUUUCCU